AUGCCCCCAAAAAGAAAUGCCUCCGAAAUGAUGGGGAGCUCGGGAAAGGCCAAGGAUAGUCCCCUCAAGAGAAUGAAAGAGAUGCUCAAAGAUAAUGCAGACAAAGUCACUUUCAGCAAUGAUGAGACUAGUCAGUUUGCUUACCUCAUCAUCAAUAAUACCACAGAUAUUAUAUCUCAUAAACAGGAUAUCAAAAAAUGGAAACAAUGCAUCAAGGAUGCUCAGAAAGCUGUAGGAGAACUUGAGAAAACAAAUAAAGAGUACGAAGAAGACAUCGAGAAGAAUCGACAGGAAAUUGAGGAGUUGAAACGGGAAGAGGAAAUGAUUCUAGCAAUUCAAAAGCAAGGAGAGGCUCGUGAAGAAAAGUUGCAGGGAAUUAUACAAAAGGACUUGAAGAAAUUUCUGGAAGGGGAGUUGGAGAAGGCGGGUUUGUCGCUAGAGAAGGAGAGCGAGGGAGAUCAGACUGAGAAGAUUGAGGGUGAUGAAGGCAAGAAGAUGGUCAAAGAUGAGAUUUAG